AGUGGACUCUAUUACUGCUUUGGUAGGUGAUGCUGUGGCUCACACGGGGCUUGAAGAGCCUCCCUGCUUAUCUGGUUAUAAUUAUAGAGGGGUGACCUGGUUUCAGCACCGCGCCUCGUCAACAGCUCCAGAGUACAGCGGGGAUUUGUCCAGCCCCUCCCCGCACAGUACGUCCAUCAGAGCGGGUUCACAGGGCGCAGUCUGCUCGGCAGUUUCAGCACCAGUGGUCGGAGCGUAACGCAGCGGAGCGGAGCUGUCCACACAUUCAGCACUUUCUUGUUUUGUUUUCUUUUCUUCUCUUUUUCUUAUUUCUCGGAGGAGGGAACCGGACCAAAGACAGCAAGGCAGUCGGGAGAUAGCUCUGUUUCUCCAGGGCGCUCGGAGAAAGCUGAUUUCAGGAUGGCGUCAAAAUACGUUGGCCUUUUCGUCCUUUUCCAGCUUCUAGUCCUGAAUGUAGUGAACCAGUCGUCUGCCUUCCCCACGCCUACAGCCUCAACGGAUGAUAAAACUGUGUACAACAGACAGCUGACAGAAGAAAGACCUCUACAGGAGCAGAUUGCCGAGGCGGACAGUGUGAAGGUUGCAGUGCAGACAGCUGAGAGCGCGAAUCCCGGCGCCUCCAAGGACAAAGAGUCAGAGCAGGACUUCACCAUGCUCAAGUCGCUGUCCGACAGGCAGAAAUCAAAGGAGGCCACUGAGGUGCCGGCUAAGAAGGACCAGUACGUUCCCGAUGAGUCGGACUCCACCAAGAGCCGUCGCCUCGCAGAGGACUACGACUCCACCAAGAGUGGGAUGGACUACGAUGACCCAGAAAGCUUCCGUCAGGUUGACGGCACUCCGCUGACAGCUGAAGACAUAGUCCAGAAGAUCGCAAACAAGAUCUACGAAGAGGACGACAGAGGAGUGUUUGACAGGAUCGUCUCCAAGCUGCUCAAACUGGGGCUGAUCACAGAUAACCAGGCAGACACUCUGGAGUACCAGGUGGCCGAGGCUCUCCAGGACCUCAUAACCAAGAACGCCAAGAACAACGAGAUCGAAGAUAUCGAGGGCAACGACCAAGAAACCGCAGGAGAGCAGGGAGACCAGGGUUCAGACGCAAACACGGACACGUGGGAGCCGCCCAGGCGUCGCUACAACGACGAAGACGAGGAAGAAGAUGAGGUCGAGGACGAGGUCGACAGGGACGCCGAGGAGGACGGGGACAGAGCCGACAACAGCUGGGACAAAGACGCAGAGGAAGGCAAUGAGGUGAGCCCAGAGGACGGACUCCAGGACCUGCAGUACUUCCCCAACUUCUACCGCCUGCUCAGAAGCCUCGACACAGAGCGAGACACUCAGGAGCGGGAGACACUGAUUACCAUCAUGAAGACGCUGAUUGAUUUUGUGAAGAUGAUGGUGAAGUACGGCACCAUCACACCUGAGGAGGGAGUCUCCUAUCUGGAGAACCUGGACGCCAUGAUCGCCAUGCAGACCAAGAACAAGCUGGGCAAGUCCCUCGGCCCUCCCGACUUCGCCGGGCCCAACGGGAAAAACCUGGAUGAGGAUGACAACACCAAAGCUGAGGCGGCUAAGAUGCAGGAGGAAUACAACAUGAACCUGAAAGACUCGACCAAGGAGGAGCAGCCAUCCACUGAGACCAGUCAACCUGGCAAGUCGGAGACUUAUCUGGAGGCCAUCAGGAAGAACAUCGAGUGGCUGAAGAAGCACAACAAGGAGGAAGGCAAAGACGACUACGACCUGUCCAAGCUGAAGGAUUUCAUGGACCAGCAGGUUGACUCGUACAUCGAGAAGGGCAUCAUCGCCAAAGAUGAAGGCGACACCAUCAAGAGGAUCUACAGCAGCCUGUAACGCCAUCAACCCCCCCUUCCCUCCCCCCCUCUCGCAUCCGACAUCUGGACUAAAAACACAGGAAUGAAUCCGACAGAAACAGUACUUACAGUUAUUUCCCAUGGCAUGGUAAACUAUAUACUGUGUAUUCAAAUCUACCUGCUUAGGGGAACUUUUGUUUAUCCUCCCAGACAUUCCCAAAAUGUAUCAGCAGCUCAGAUUUAAUAACACCAUCGACAAAAUUGAAAACGAUUCCUCGCCGUUACCUAAAUGGUUAUAUUUGCACGCCAAGAUCGCAGAGUAAUAAUCAUCAGAAUAUAAUUGAGAGACUAUUUUAUGUAACAGACUCACCACACAUAAUGCUAGCAUUUACUCCAUCCCGUCUCCAAAUGAGAAAUGAAUGUUAGGAGAUGCCCUAGCUUUGUCAUAACUACCGUUUUCAAUGCAUUUCUUUUUUUUUUUUUGCAACAAAACACUCGCAUAUAUCAAGUUGUACUCAUUAUGUGUAACCUGUCUUAGACUAUUGUAUUUCUUUAUUUUUUCCCCCCCUGGUGUAUGUAUAAGAUCCUAAUGUAUUCUUGCUUUUGACUUUACCAAAAAAAUAUAUUUGUCGUGUAUCAUUGUCAGUGCUCCUCUGCUCUGAUCUGCUUUAACUCCUCUGGAGCCCACUAGGGGGCAGUGUCUAAAAGAAUCAUCACUUUUCUCUCUGCAUGUCUCUUAUGAGUUCAACAUUUCCAUCUGCGUAGAGGCAAAAAAUAAUAAUAAUAAUAAUGAAGUAUUUUUAAAUGUAAAUAUCUGUGAUUUUUUUCCUAAAGUUGUAAAAGCAAUUAAAACUUUGCCUUUUCUUUA